GCGGGGGUAGAUCAAGCACACCGACGACCCGCGAUGGGCACAGCGCUCCUCGUUAUCCAAAUGCAUCCGCCCCACCGGCACCCAAUCCUCCUGCUGCUCAACCGCUGCAAAACUCUCAAACACCUGAGAUGCAUCCAUGCCAAACUCACCAUACUAGGCCCCGCCUUCCUCCACCCCUCUCCCACCUUCACCAAGCUCCUCUACACCUUCACCUUCCUCCACCCCCUGCCCCCCACCCAUUCCAUAGACUACGCCCUUUCCCUCUUCCAUCGCAUCCCCUCCCCCUCCACCUUCGCCUACAACCUCCUCAUUAGGGCCCGCACCCUCCUCUCCUCCCCAUUCCAAGCCCUCAUCCUCUUCGCUCGCAUGCGCCGCCUAUCCAUCCCUCCCGACUACCACUCCUUCCCCUUCGCCCUCAAGGCCUGCGCCCGCCUCCGCUCCCUCCCCCUCGGCCGCGCCCUCCACUCCCAAGCCUUAAAGCUCGGCUUCGCCACCGACCUCUUCGUCCACAACACCCUCAUUAGCAUGUACGCAUCCUCCGACUCCAUGCUCGAUGCUCGAUCCCUCUUCGACGAGAUCUCCUCCUGCGACGUCGUCACCUACAACACCCUGAUCGAUGGCUACGUCAAGGCCGGCGACAUGAUUCUUGCCCGCAAGCUUUUCGAUGAGAUGCCCCAUCGAGAUACGGUCUCAUGGGGGACGCUCCUGGCGGGCUACUCCCAGAUUAGGCAAUUCAAGGAAGCCCUCCAGCUGUUCGAUCAGAUGCUCCCGACAGGAUCGAGGCCCGACGACGUAGCUCUGGUCUCUGCCCUCUCUUGCUGCGCUCAACUGGGCGCCUUGGAUCAAGGCAAGGUCAUUCACCAAUACAUCAAAGAGAACAGGGCAGCGCUCAACGUAUAUCUCCUGACAGGCCUCGUAGACAUGUACGCCAAAUGCGGGUGCAUCGAUGCUGCUACAGAGAUGUUUGACUCCACCACGCACAGGAACUUGUUCACGUGGAAUGCGAUCGUCGUCGGCCUUGCGAUGCAUGGCCAUGGCGAGCGAUCACUGCGGUACUUUGAAAGGAUGAUAGGGGUGGGAGUUCGGCCGGAUGGUGUGAGCUUCCUCGGGGUCUUGGUCGCAUGCAGCCAUGCGGGGCUGACCGACACAGCACGAAAGCUGUUUGAUGAGAUGGAGAGCAUUUUUGGAGUUGCCCGCGAGCUCAAGCACUACGGUUGCAUGGCGGAUUUGCUUGGCCGUGCAGGGCUGAUGGAGAAGGCGAUGGACAUGAUAAAGGCGAUGCCGAUGGAGGCCGACGCCUAUGUGUGGGGUGGUGUGCUUGGAGGUUGUAGGAUACAUGGGAACGUGGAGAUCGCUGAGAUUGCCACCGAGCAUCUUUUAAGAUUGAAUCCAGAGGAUAGUGGGGUUUAUUCCAUCAUGGCUGGUAUUUAUGCUAAUGCCAGGAGGUGGGAAGAUGUUGCGAGGAUGAGGAGGCUAAUGGAGGACAGAAGAGUGAGGAAGAACGUAGGUCGCAGUUUGAUUGAGGUGGAAGGAGGUUUGUUGCUGAUCUGAACACCUGCUGGGUAAAUGGAAUGGAGAUGCAAGAAUUACAGCUGAUUUGUGGUUAAAUUCAUUAUCUAUAUAUGGAUGCCAGGCCAGAGAUCUCUGACGAUAACUUCGUUCUCAGUAAGGUACAGAGGGAAUACCUCAGAGGAGAGCAAAUAGAAAUCAUAAAAGCUAAAAUGCUUAUGGAAACCCAAUUCACCAAGGCUGCCACCCUCGAAUCAGGUUAAAUGUUUGAAUCCUUCUUUACUGGUUGUGAGGCUCGAGGUGUCAGAGCAGACCAAUCAAGGACCAGAGACUUAAUUUAUCUGGAGAGACCAGCCUCUGCUGCAUCCAUUAAAGUUGCAACAUGCCCUACCUUGGCAGAGACCUUGGCUACAUUCCUGGCUGCAGAACAAGAGGAAGCUUCCACCUCUAUCCUUGAAAUUAGUCUCCCUCUUUUAUCUGCAGACUACUCCACCCUAUCUAUGGUGUUGAUGUGGCAACCGAGUCAAAAUCUUCUCGUCCAAAACACAUGGUGGAACCAAAUGAAGCUUUAACCUUGGUUGGUAGAGGUAUCCAAGUAGACGAGGAUCUACCUACUGAUGUGGAAUCACAACUUUGAUAUGUACCUCGUUGGUUGAAGUUGUCAGACAUCACCUCUCGCACCCUCUCCGAUGGUCCCUUGUCCAACUCCAGUAGUCCCUUCUGCAACUACCAAAACCAUGACAUCCGCACAAACCAGGGCAGUUGGAGCUAUCAAGGAAGUAGCUGUAGUGCUACUACCUCAGAGAAGAACUAGGAAGGGUCCGAAGUCAUCUUCUAGCCAACUACAUCCUACUCGCCGCUUGGUUCUGUCCUUGCCAGAUCUCUGAUUGACAUUGGAAGGGCAUGUCAGAGGUACUGACACCGAGAGAUCUUCGGCCUAAUAGCCUCUUGAAUAGUAUUUAUACGAUCAUCUCCAAAGGUGCUUGCUAAUCGUUUGUCUCUCCAUCUUCACCUUCUCGUUACUAUUCGUGAAUGAUCAACUCCAAAGGUGCUUGCUAAUCGCUUGUCUCUCCAUCUUCACCUUCUCAGUACUAAAUUCGUGAAAUAAAACUCCAUUUCUAUAGCCAC